AUUCACACUGUCGAUGUUAUUGCAACCAGGAAUGUCGGUACGAGUACGUGUUGGCUUCCUUCCAUCUGAUUAUGCGCUUCGUUCUUCCUUGCUCCUGAUUCGCAAUAAUUUGACGGUUUUGGAACCAGUAGUGCUGUACGGACGUGGUGCACGUAUGGAUAUGCAAGUUGAGGGUCGCGGUUUAACACACAAACUUUUCACCACUCUCACAGUGAAACGUUCGUUUACUGUUGUGAAUAGUGGUGAGGUGGCAUUCACGGUGGUCAACAUGAGUAUCAACAAUGUUGCCUGUGAGAAUCGUGGCUUUCGCAUCCUGAACUGCCAUCCUUUUCGACUGACGCCCAACGAAACACAUAUUUUGGAUGUGGCUUAUACGCCGGAUUUUUUGAUGACCUGGAAUGAAGCAGCAUUGCAAUUCUAUAUGCAUAUGAACGGUACAUCUUGGCUUUUUCCGAUCGGUGCAUCCAUACCACGGCAUAUGUUGGCCAAAUGUCAUUCGGCUUUACCACGACCACCAUUCGAAAGUCUCAUGUACUAUUCCUGUGUUUCUGCGCUAAUAUUCUGUUUCGUGUGCGUGAUUGCAUGUGCUUACUUGGAAGGUGAUCGAACGGUAACUUGUGCACUGCGACAACAGUAUAGCCAAAUGGGACAGAUUUUCGAUCUGAAUGUUAUGAACAGACGUUUACUGCAUGAAAAUGAUGAUGAUGGUGGUGGCGAUGAUAACGAUGAUUGUGCAACUCUACCAAUAAAGCCGACGAAGGCACGCCAGACAAGAACACUGGUGAAAUGCCAUGGUGAACCGGCCCCAUAUGCUGUGAAAACACCUGUGACUGGUGCAAAAUCAUUAUCACCUUUAGCGUCUGAUUCGUGUAACAGCACAGCAAAUACCGUGAUCAAACGAUAUGGCUAUAAAAGGUAUGAGAUCGUUUUGUUAGCAGAAACAUAGUA